AUGGCUGUAGAAGAUUCUGGAGCGACCAGCUUUGCUUUAUUCCUGAAAAACCUAUUGCUUGACCCCGAAUCUGGGGAAGGCUCGUAUUCAACAGAUUUAGGCGAAGAUGCCACCGGCAACGGGAGCUAUGUAUGGGAUAACUUCAUGGCUUUUGACGACGGCUCUAAAGUGUUUGACGAUGUGUCUCUGGGCAAUCCCUCACAUGAUAUGGACGCAUUGAGCCAAACCGACACCAACGGCGAGACCGUCGGCGUCGAAUACAGUUUCGGCCGUAAGAAAGCGGCACUGGCUGCAUGUGUUGGAGCAAAGGCUUUCGAAACUUCGAUUUGGCACUGGACGCCAAGACAUGGAGAAUUCGCCAGCGAAGAGGAGCCUCAUCUAUCGGUACCGCGCGAGAUCCUCGGCAAAUACGACGAUAUCCUCUCUGAACUCCCACCACUCUCAGGGAAGCUUCUGUGCGACUCUGAUAGAGAUCGGGUUGUGGCACUUGUUCUUGCCUUUUGCGACAGAUCCAACUUGGCCUACGUCACACCUUCUUUACCUUCUCUCUGCGUCUUGGAAAGACUGUCCCAUCGCUUCCUGCAGUUCCAAACCGCGGAGCCACUGCCUUGGUUCCACGUCCCAACGUUCUGUGCUGCAAGCGCCCCAGAAGAACUGCUUCUGGGAAUAAUUGCCUAUGGAGCUUCGCUUAUGCCUGUAAAAGCCUUACAGAAACUUGGGAAAGCUCUUCCCAACAUCUUGUUUGAUGCUCUGAAAGCCAAAUGGAAUAAGGAUAGCACGCUUACACGGAAUCUGCAACAACUUCAAUCGUAUACCAUGAUCCUGAGAAUAUGGUUCUGGUGCGGCGGAAAAAGCAAAAUGGAGAUGGCCGAGGGCUUUGCUCAACCGAUCAUUACUAUUCUCAGAAGAUCGGGAGCACUGAGGCGUACAUCAUGGAAGAACGUCGUUCCUGACGAAAACGACGCUGGGGAUGAGCUAGAACAUAAGUGGCUCCUUUGGGUUGAAAAAGAGUCAUGGGUUCGGUAUGACAGCGAUGACAGACCUAAGGUUCUCUGA